AAGGUCCGUUACCGGGGUUGGAAGACGAUGCCGUUCGUGAUCGGCAACGAGACGUUCGAGAAGCUCAGCAGCAUCGGCACGGCGGCGAACCUGAUGGUGUACCUGACCUCCGUCUUCCACAUGAGCAACGUCCGCGCCGCCGUGGCGCUCAACGCGUUCAGCGGCACCACCAACCUCGCCACCGUCUUCGGCGCCUUCGCCUCUGACCUCUACCUCGGCCGAUACACCACCGUCGGCAUCGGCUGCGUCGCCACACUAAUCGGCAUGAUCAUCCUGACGUUGACGGCUGGCGUGCCGGCACUGCACCCGCCUCCGUGCGCCGGCGUGGACGGGCAGUGCGAGGGCGCGACGAGGGGGCAGCUCGCGGUGCUGGUGCUGUCGUUCUUGUUCAUCGUGAUGGGCGCGGGCGGCAUCCGGCCGUGCAGCCUGCCGUUCGGCGCCGACCAGUUCGACCCGCGCACGGAGUCCGGCCGCCGCGGCAUCAACAGCUUCUUCAACUGGUACUACUUCACCUUCACCAUCGCCGUGUGCGGUUCGUCGACGGCGAUCAUCUACGUGCAGAGCAACGUGAGCUGGUGGAUCGGGUUCGCCAUCCCCGCCGCGCUCAUGCUCGCCUCCUGCGCGCUCUUCUUCGCCGGCGCGGAGCUCUACGUCCGCGUGCGCCCCGAGGGGAGCCCCUUCGCCAGCGUCGUCCGCGUCGCCGUAGCGGCGUUCUGCAAGCGGCGCGCGCCCGUGUCCGAGGAACCCGCAGCGUCGCUCUUCAGGACGCGCCACGCGAGCUCGCUCGUGUCAAGGCUCCCCUACACUGACCAGUUCAGGUUCCUGGACAAGGCCGCCGUUGUGGUGGCCAAGAGCGAGGUCGACGACGCCGGCGGCCGCCCCAAGGACCCGUGGCGGCUGUGCACCCUUCAGGAGGUGGAGGAGACGAAGUGCAUCGUCCGUAUCCUGCCGGUGUGGGGCACCUGCAUCGUCUACUACAUCGCCUUCGCGCAGACCAACACCUACGUCGUCCUCCAGGCGGCCCAGUCCGACCGCCGCCUCGGCGGCCGCGGCUUUGAGGUACCGCCGGCGUCGUUCACCAUCUUCCCCAUGCUGGCGCUCACCGUCUGGAUCCCGGUCUACGACCGCCUCGUCGUGCCGUGGCUGCGCAGGCUCACCGGCCGCGAGGAGGGCAUCACGCCGCUCCAGCGCAUGGGCGUCGGCAUGGUCCUCUCCGUGGUGGCCAUGCUCAUCUCCGGAAUAGCCGAGCAGCGCCGGCGCGAGCUCGCCGUGCUGCACGCCGCCGCGAACGGCGGGUCGCUGUCGCAAAACCGCGUGUCCCCGGUCUCGGCGUUCUGGCUGGUGCCGCAGCUGGCAGCGCUGGGCCUCUCGGAGGCGUUCAACCAGGUGAGCCAGAUGGAGUUCUACUACAAGGAGUUCCCGGAGAACAUGCGCAGCGUCGCCGGCUCGCUCCUCUUCAGCGGCCUGGCACUGUCCAGCUACCUCAGCGGGCUCCUGGUCAGCGUCGUCCACCGCGCGACGAGUGACCCCGCCCAGGGCGUCGACGGGUGGCUCGCCGAGGACCUCAACAGGGGCAGGCUGGACUGCUUCUACCUCCUCAUCGGAUUCAUUGGCGCGGUCAACUUCUUCGUGUUCCUAGCAUGCGCCAAGUGGUACAGGUACAAGCAGGCUCCUGCUGAUCAUGAGCAGGAUGCAGAUGGGAUCGAUCAAUGGCUGCCAAGAUCAGUGGUAGGAGAUGGUUGCUGA